AUGACAAUUGUGAAAUUUCUUUUCAUCUGUUUAUUUCCAUACAUUUCAAUAAUCGAUUCGUCUCAUUUUCGUGGUGGAACAAUAACAUACCGUCCAUUCAAUAACACGCCAUCAGGCAGUACAGUUCCUGUUAUCGUACGAGAACGAUGGUCAUGGCGUCGUAGUUCAUCAAGUCCGGUAUGUUCGCCUGCUACCAUUGCUGCAAAAUCUCCUACGAUCGGUGGAGGUACGUUGACUUGUGUGUCUGGUAGUUACUGUCCUUCUUGGCCUGGCAUGACGAUAUCAACAUACUGCACUGAUUUCAGUGCGCCUCUGGAUGUUGCUUCGGGUGAAUAUUAUCAAACAUACAAUAUACCAUUGAAUGUCUCCUUCAGUCUUGGUUUCACUGGAGGUGCUUGGUUCUCCUAUCUUGUCAUUGGACAUGAUGGAAGUUGGUCGGUUGUUGCUCGAAUUAGUACUAUAGUUAGACCGGAUGGCUAUUUGAACACUAGUCCUAUCGCUGUCAGUCUACCUAUUUUAUACAAAGAGAUCAACAUACAGCAUGUUCAUGUUGUUCAAAUGUCUGAUUUCGAUGGUACUGAUACGCUAAAAUGUCGAUGGUCAAUUAAAGCAACGACUGCAAUUACUCAAUAUGAUGAAUGUGCAGAUGUCUGCAGUGGUAUAACUGGUGCUAAUCUCAUUGGAGAAAAUUGUACGAUUGUAUUCACCUUGUACACUGCUGGUUGGUAUGUUGCAGCAGCACUACAAAUUGAAGACUUUUAUAAUGCUGCAGCAGUGACAGCGAACACACCAAUGAGUUCAGUCCCUCUUCAGUUUCUUUUCUAUGGUUAUGCUAAUCCUGGUGGGUGUACAACACCACCAGCCAUUAUUGGUAAUCGACCCAAUCGAGCAUGCAUCGGUGUAUUGGUUGGUGACAAUGUCACAGAAGUUGUCGUCAUUCAGGUGUACUGUACGGGAAAGACUAUAACCGAAUACGUUUCUAGCGUACCUGCUGGUAUGACAAAAAGCGCUAUUUUGAAUCCGAGUACAGGUAUCUAUAAUGUCAUUCUCAGCUGGAUCCCUGUUUCUGAUCAAUACGGACCACAAGCCGUCUGUUUUGGAGCUGUUGAUAACACAAACAUUCAGACAAAUCAAUGGUGCAUCACCUUUUUGGUUGGUUUCAAAUCACCUGAUGUCAUUCGACCAAAACUGGUUCAAGGUUCAGCUUCACCUAUUGGUACUGUCUUCCAAAAUCAGACCACUUUCUCCAUUCAAACAUCAAUCUCCGUCAACCGUCCAACUCGUAAUGGCACAUAUAUCUACUUUUACUAUGCUAAUGGCACUCUUGUUCAAAAAUAUGACUGUGGAUGGGAACCAGAAGUGACAUAUACUGGUUACACUAUUGUCAUUCGUUUCCCUGUUGCACCAUGGGAGGCUGGUGCUUUCUACUAUGUUAACAUGGACAGUGGUGUGGCAAGUGGUACUGAGUUUUGUGGUCCUGAAUCUGCACCCAUCACUGAUCCCACAUUUUGGAUUUUUAACAUUUGGAAUCCAGCACUUUCGUCCACAACAACAACAACCACAACACCAUUUACAACUGUCACGGUCACCACAAAGCCAACGUCGACAACAAGCAUCAAUACAUUACUAACAACCACCGGAAUUGUCAUAACAACUACAAUUCCACCCACCACAACAUCAACAACUUUAACAACUACACCAUCCACAACACCUGCUCCGACCACACCUACACCGACUUCGCCUGCUUUGACGACUGAAUCAACUGUCGCAAUUCUAUAUCCAAAAGAUAUCGAAAACAUUUGUCUUCAGCCAAUUGCCAUCAUGAACGCUGUUUUCUUGGCUGCUAUGAUGCCGGUACAAGCUUUAGCGACUUUUGCGAUAUUUACAAAAUUAUCGAAUACAUUCAAUCCAGCAAAACUUAAAGCACGAAUACGACACAAACAACGAGUGAAAAAGAUCAUGAAAAGAUAA